UCUGAUAUUUAAAGAUCCUGUUAAUAAAAAACGAAAAAAAAAAAUAAACGUAAAUAGAUGAGAUUUAUAUGCCGGAAUUUAUUUUUCAAAUAUCGAGCAAUCUGUGAUUGAUGAUUUUUCAACUUACUUUGAUGAAUCAUUCGAUCAGGGUUGAUUCAAGAACAUUCCAAAUUAUACAUCAUAGAUAGGGUUGAUUAUGUUGGCCAGUAGAGCAUCCAUAAGUAGGAGUGUGCUAAGACAUAAUUCCGUAAGAUUGGCCACUAUUGCCACCCCAAUUCAUGCUAAUAUAUUUUUGAAAAACAGAAUCAGAUUCAAUUCAACUUCAACUACGGAAAAUGUUCCAGAAACUAUCAGUAUAGUCCCAACGAUUACGAAGCUUACUCCUCUAGAAAGCUUUCAAUCAGAUUUAGAAGCUUCCUUAGUGGGUCAUUUAGAAUCAAGACAUUUAAUUGAACAAAAGAGUAGUGAUGAAUUAUAUGAAUUACCACAAACCAAGAAAUUCACCUUAUAUUGUGGAGCUGACCCUUCAGCCCAAUCCUUACAUUUAGGAAAUCUUUUACCAUUGAUGGUAUUACUUCAUUUCAAUUUACGUGGUCAUGAUGUGGUAGGAUUAGUUGGAGGUGCAACUGGAGCAGUUGGAGAUCCAAGUGGUAGAACUACUGAACGUACCCAACUUGAAGAAAAGGAAAGAUUGAAGAAUGUGGAAAAGAUCCAAGAUCAAUUACGUGACUUUUUAAAGAACGGUAUUGCAUAUGCCAAAUCAAGAAAUUUCCCAAUUAAAGAGCAAGGUAAGAUUAUCAUUGAGAAUAAUAUUAAUUGGUGGGAAUCGGUUAAGAUGUUAGAUUUCUUAAGUACAUUCGGUAGAUUCAUUAGAAUCAGUGCUAUAUUGAAUCGUGAUUCAGUUCAAUCAAGAUUAAACUCUGAAUCUGGAUUAGGUUUCAAUGAAUUCACCUAUCAAAUCUUACAAGCUUAUGAUUUCUGGCAUUUAUUCAAAACUUAUAAUGUUAAUUUACAAAUUGGUGGUAAUGAUCAAUGGGGGAAUAUUACUGCGGGAACAGAUUUGAUAUCACGUUUACAACGUAAUCAAAUUGAAACUGAUGGGAAUGAAAAAAUUGAAACUCAAAAUGUUUAUGGUAUGACAGUUCCAUUAUUAACUACCCCAACUGGAGAAAAAUUCGGUAAAUCAGCUGGAAAUGCUGUAUUCAUUGAUAAAUAUUUAACUUCCCCUUAUCAACUAUAUCAAUAUUUCAUCAAUACUCCAGAUGAGAUGGUUGCUAAACUCUUAAAGAUCUUCACGUUAUUACCAAUUCAAAUCAUUGAUCAAGAAAUCAUGAUAAAUCAUGAACAAGAUCCAGGUUUAAGAAUCGCUCAAAGAAUUUUAGCUAGAGAAGUAGUUGAUUUAAUUCAUGGAAAUGGAUCAGGAGAAAGUAUGGCCUAUAUCACAAGUUUUUUAUUCCCCACUCCAGAUCAACCAUUUGAUGAUCAAAUCAGUGCUGACAAAUUAAUUGAACAAUUUGAUAAAUCAGGUAUAUUGGUUAGAUUCAAAUCACCGGCACGGGAAGAGGAAAUUAAAUUAAGUACCAUAUUAGCUACAUUGACCGGGAAAUCUAGACGUGAAAUCAAAACCUUGAUUAAGUCAGGCGGAGUCUAUCUUGGAUUAGAGAGAGAUCAAUUUGAAGAUCCUGAUGAUGUGGUAUUAUUUGAUAGAGACAAUCAUUUGAUAGAUGACAAAUUGUUACUUAUUAGAAUUGGAAAACAAACGUAUUACGUGGUCGAAUUCUAUUAAGAGGAACAACCUACUGUACAUAAUGAACUUUAUAAAACACACUGUAAAUAGACA